GCCGACGAACUCUGACCUCUGACGUAGAUGCCUACGUUGCGCCGUUGUCGGGACGCGGCGGUUUCCUAGCGACCAUUGCUCGCCAGGAGACGCUCCCGACACAAUAAAGCUGUGGAGACUCCAGCUGCCUUUCCCUCCGGCAGGCUCACCGCUGUCGCUGGCCGGUCAAAGAGUCUAACCUGCUGACAAACUUUGCACACAGAUAUAGAAGCAAACGCGCGCCGAUAAGAUGACCCGAAAAUGUAUCUGCGACAUUUGUAAUUGUGGACGACAUCAUUGUCCACACUUGCCAACAAGACUAUUCGACAAGGCACUGGAGCCUUGCCUAUUGACUGAAUACCAUGAGAAAUACCCUCCAUAUGGUGAUAUCAAGCCUCCCGGCAGCUUUAAGCCAAAGACAGAAUAUCUGUGUAAUCGUGUCAAAAUGGACGGCAACUCAACAUUUAAAACAGACUAUAUACCUCAUGAAGUUUUACACCGACCUAUUCGUGUGCAGCAAGAGUAUAGACCAAAAUCUGGCGAGGUAGAUCUCCACACAACCUACAAGACAGACUAUAAUCCCUACAAAGUUAAGCCUGUAGAAAGCAUGCGUCCUCCAGAAAGAAAACAUGGGAAAGGAGGGAAAGUAGACACUGUACCAACAUACAAAGAUGAUUACCGACUUUGGGAAAUUCCUAAAAGGAAGCCUAAAACAUCACAGGCAUACUGCCCUCCUACAGGACGGUUUGGAAAUCCAUCUACGUUCCAAGAUGAUUAUGGCCCCAAGGGACUUCCACAGAGAGAGAGUUUCAAACCACCCAAUGUCCCUCGAACUUCUGAUGUUCCUUUUGAUAGUCUAACAAAUCAUAAAGUAUCAUAUGUAGCUCAUCCGAUAGGGGAACGAUUUGUUAGACCACGAGAAGAGUACAAACCAAGUGACAGACCUUUUGAAGGUCUCACCACUCACCGUCGUGAUUACAAGGGAGUGCAUGGAGAUCCUACAAAAAGCUUUAAACCUGAGCAAACAAAGAUAGGAUCAGAUGCACCCUUUGAUGGGAACUCAGAAUUCCGUGACCAAUAUCAGGCAUGGCCUGUUACCUUGCCAUAUAUGCACAAACAACCAGGUUAUGUGCAACCAGAUGGUUUAAUGGAUUUGAAUACUAUUUCCCACCUUGAUUAUGUUGGACAUAAAAUUAAACCACCUGCUCCAUUUAAACCUGCAAGUGCAAGAAAGGUCCCUGCUCCUUUUCAAGGAAGUACUACUAUGAAAGAUGACUUCAAGUCUUGGGAUAUGAAGAAGCCAGAGAUGAUCAGGCGAGGUGAAGAACUAAAAGUUCCAUGUUCAAAAUUUGAUGAUUUGACAACUUUUAAAGCAAAUUAUGUCCCUCAUCCAAUCAACCCACUGCAAAGCUUCAAACCACUGAAUGCUCCUUUACAUAGCAAAACACCAUUUGAUGCUGGAACUUUGUAUCGCACUGAGUAUACACCAAAGAGGUUUGAAAUAUGUCCUGCAAGCUAUCCUACCCCACCAGGCUUUGUGUAUGAAAGCACUGAUGCACGUGGUCAUAAAUACUUUCACAAGAUAACACCAUCAGAAGAAAAGCUGGCAGUGUCAAAUGAAAUGCAACUUCCAAAAGAAGUGGCAGUAGUAUCUUAAUAUCUAUAAUGUUAAUUAUAUUGCUUUUAUUAAAUGACA